CACGAUGCCAGGCUUUUCUCAAGCCCUUUACUUUAGCAGCAAAAGAAGUAAUGGAGUUAACAGGAUUUAAGGAGAGUGCUCUCGCUCAAGUGAACUGCUUUGAUUGGCCAGAUGUUUGCAAGAAGGCCAAUGUGACCCGUUACCCUAUGAUUAAACUGUACAGAGGAACCAAUGAGGUUGUUGAAUAUGGAGGAGUACUAGAUGAAGCCUCUUUCUUGAAGUUCUACUUAUUAUACUCUGUUAGUUCACCCAUCAUCAUGACGAAAGAACAAGAAGGAAGAGAAUUUAUGGCAGCGGAUUUCCCUUCCUGGACCUCCAAGUACCUUGGUGCUGUUACUAUUGGGAUCUUUCCAGAGCGAAAAUCAGAAGAGUGGUUGAUAUUUAACAAGGUUGCUGGUGAGCUACGGGGACGAUAUCUAAUGGCAUCCUGCAUGGGAAACUGUGCCAAAACUCUAGCAAGUGAAAUCGGAGGUUCUGAAGCCGUUGUGGUAACAAUUAAAUGGGAAGAUGUCAACCAACCAGAAGUUAUCUAUGAUCAACCGUUCUCCUUCUCAAGUCUUGAGAAAUUCGUGCUGGAAUCAUCUGAGAAAAUAUUGCCUGAGCUAACAAUGAUAUGA